AUGGCUGACCUAUACCCUUCUCUGGCGCAAUGCGCCAUCGUCGCUGCAGCCUUCAAGAUUCUCCUUUUCCCCGCCUAUAAAUCGACUGACUUCGAGGUUCACCGGAACUGGCUCGCAAUCACCCAUUCAUUACCAGUCAAGGAAUGGUACUACGAGAAAACAUCGGAAUGGACACUCGACUACCCCCCUUUCUUCGCAGCGUUUGAGUGGCUAUUGUCGCAAGCGGCGCAAUAUGCGGACCCUGCAAUGUUGAUUGUCAAGAAUCUCAAUUAUGAUUCCUGGCAGACAAUCUACUUUCAGCGAGCAACUGUUAUCCUUAGUGAACUCGUUCUCGUCUUCGCAUUGAAUCGCUUCAUCAAAUCUGCGCCUCAGUCUAAUAAGCAGCUUGCGCAUAUUGCCAGCCUCUCAAUUCUGUUGUCGCCCGGUCUGCUGAUCAUCGACCACAUCCAUUUCCAGUAUAACGGCUUUAUGUACGGGGUACUGAUCCUGUCCAUCGUACUUGCACGAAAGCAGUCGACGCUCCUCCACAGCGGCAUCAUUUUUGCCAUUUUGCUCUGCAUGAAACAUAUUCAUCUCUAUCUUUCGUUGGCCUACUUUGUCUACCUGCUGAGAACUUACUGUCUUGACCCUAAGUCAGUCUUUCAACCCAGAUUUGGAAAUAUUAUCAAACUUGGUCUGGGUGUCAUUGGUGUCUUUGGCGUAGCAUUCGGUCCAUUCGUCUAUUGGAAUCAGUUGUUCCAACUGAAAGAUCGACUCUUCCCGUUCUCAAGGGGUCUGUGCCAUGCCUACUGGGCGCCUAACAUCUGGGCAAUGUAUUCCUUUGCUGAUCGUGCCCUCAUUUUACUUGCCCCACGUUUGGGUCUCUCUAUUAACCAGGAGGCCCUUACGAGCGUUACGCGGGGUCUUGUCGGUGACACCUCGUUUGCUGUUCUUCCAGAGGUGACCAAGGAACACACUUUUGCGCUUACUUUUCUGUUUCAGCUGCUUCCAUUGAUCAAAUUGUGGCGGAGCCCUGGUGAUUGGGACGUAUUUGUUGGUGCCAUUACGCUUUGCGGAUAUGCUUCCUUCCUAUUCGGCUGGCAUGUUCAUGAAAAAGCCGUCCUCCUGAUCAUCAUACCUUUCAGUCUCAUAGCCCUCAGAGACAGGCGGUACUUUAGCGCGUUCAGAUCUCUUGCGAUAGCUGGGCAUGUCUCGCUCUUCCCUCUGCUGUUUACUGCGGCCGAGUUCCCUAUCAAGACCUUAUACACCGUCUUUUGGUUGGUUUUGUUCCUGUUUGUAUUUGAGCAGGUAGCACCAGUUCCCGAACGACCACGGAUCUUCCCGAUUGUCGACCGGUUCUCCUUGCUAUACCUGGCAGUGGCCAUUCCACUGAUUAUCUACUGUUCACUUGUACAUCAGUUGAUUUUCGGGCUGGAACGGUACGAGUUCUUGCCCUUGAUGUUCAUGAGCAGCUAUUCCGCCUUGGGCGUGGUGCUGUUUAAGCGGAAGCCCGUCCAAUACCUCCCCCGACCCGUUAUCGAAGAUGACAGUUCCGAGGCAUGUGUUUGGGUCAUUCCGGAGACCAACGAAGUCUUCACUCAGUAUGAACCGUACCUUCAGCGAAUGGACUUCUACAAACAGAGAAGAUUUAUCUGCGAGAUUACAGGCCAUUCGGGCUUGACAUUCUUCGAAGCGCUUAGGUCGGAACUGGAGGAAUCGCGGGAAGUUAAUAACACGUUCCCUGACGCUUUGAAGGAGCCCAUCUUGCGAAGGAUUCAAUUCUCCACUGUAUCGCGGGUCGACAACCUAGUGGAUGAAAUUUAUGAAGAAUUUAAGCAGGACUUUUACCCUGGGGAGCCCGUUUUGAUAUUGCUGGAUGACAACACACGCCUACACGGUAUGAUCAGAGACAAGGUCAAUUUCGCAGAACAACUGUAUCCGGAUGGCACCGUUAAAUCUCCAGCAUACGCGACAUAUCUCGUAAAAGUGCUAGAUCGUCCGAAUGAGGAAGCUCUAUUGGACCAAGAGCACAUUACUCGAGAUCGGAAAACCUUCACGAAACAAAUGUUGCGUGCUUUCAUCAAGAACAAUGUAACGCGGGAGUCCUGGAACGGCGCUCCUUGGCUAGUAAAACCAUCGAUUGCGGAAGAAUACAGAAUUCCCACGGAGGUACCGAAACACCUGCAAUAUGGAGCUAAGGUAGCAGAAAAGAAGGCGAUGAAGAAGGCAGACCAAGAGGGUUUCUUCGGGUUUUUUGCAUCACAGCAACUACCCGAAUUAAAACCCGCCGUGAAGGGCCAAAAAUCCAAACUUUCCCAACAAGAUUUGGCGCGGUCCAAGGAGGCGCAGUUCCUCGAGUAUCAAAGAUCUCUCAAUGGCAACCCGUCUUUUGUCGUCAGCAACAAAACCACUGGAGGCGCUCGGUCGUCUAAAUCUCAGGAGACUGAAAAGAAAUCGCAGACUGCUACUACAGUUGUUGUCAAAACUGAAACGCCUAGACCGCCAUCACCUCCUCCAAUCAAAUAUCCUAUCGAGGAUCUAGAUAUCGCACCGGACCGCGAAAAGAAAAAGCAAAGGCCAACUAUGAAGUUCUUGAAAGUUGACGAGACAGACAGUCCUGAUGAUGAAAACUUGCUACAUGAUGAUAUCGACAUGAAGCCAGUGGGGCUACUUCUCGAGACGUGGAAUACUCUCAACGUGUACUGUGAAGUCUUCCAGUUGGACUCCUUUACCUUCGAUGAUUUCCUUCAGGCCAUGCGCUUUUCAUCUGAGGAAGUAGACUGCGAACUCUUCGUUGAGAUGCAUUGUGCUGUUUUGAAGAAGCUGGUUAAUUCAGAGAAGGAUGAGAAUGGUGCUGUGCAGAUCUCGCUUCCCGAUCUUCCGGUCGAGGAAUCCGAUUCCGACGAAGAGGAUGGAGAAGAGGAAGAGGAAGAAACCCCCGAGCCUGAACCAGUGGUGACUAGAAUGACUACUCGGAGUAGCCUGGCUAAGGCAGAAGCGGAAACCUUGAAAGCACAAGCUAAUCGCAGCCGCUCUAAUUCAGUAGAGGUCAAAAUCCAUCGGGCAGCCGAGAUGUUUGGAGACUAUGGCUGGAUAGAUCGUCUACGCAAGCGGGACUUCCGCAACGGUGGUUGGGAAUUGGUCAUGGUUGGCCUACUGCAUCAACUAUCCGCUCGUCCUCGGAUAGAGAAGGUCUGUAACGAUAUACUCAAGCAUUUGGCUCCUCUCGAUGCGGAGCCGACCCAAGAUACUGUCCAGCGCCAGUAUGCCACCCUCAAUAUCAACCUGCGCGCUGAAGCCCUCCAAAUCAUAUGCAUGCUCAGCCUGGAGACCAAAUCCAUUCGAAAUUAUCUAGAGGAGUGCAGUAACCAAAUGACCGAGUUCCGCAAGGAGAAGAUUGAAUAUCAAAAGGCUCGCAAAGUAGGGCUCGAAGAACUUCGACGGUUACACCAAGAACGGAAAGCACUCCAACCUGAGCCAGAAAAGUCACCUUCGCCAGCGCCAGAAUUGGAAGCAUUGGAAGACUCCAAGAUGACUGGAGUUGACGGAGAGUCUGAUCAAGUCGCGGAUUCCGAAGAGGAGGAAGCCCCUCAAAGGUCGCUGCGUGGAGGACUGGAUAGGGUUCUUGAGAGGAAACGAAAGCAAGAAGAAGAACAGAAACGAAGGGAGCAGUUAGCCAAACAGCCAAAGGGUACGAAGCAAUAUCAGAGAGUGCUGAAGAAGAUCGACGACCAAAAAGCGAACAUCGAGAAGCUUGAAGAGAAGAUCGACGUGGUGGACAACGAUUUGAGAGAAGCUGAUUGCCCACGAACCAGAUGUCUUGGAAAGGACAGGUUUUGUAACCGAUACUGGUGGUUCGAGCGAAACGCAAUGCCGUACGGGGGUAUGCCGAACAGCUCGACAGCAGAGGCUCAGUUUGCCAAUGGCCGCUUAUGGGUCCAAGGACCUGACGAAAUGGAGCGUGUAGGGUUCAUUGACGUGCCUGAAGAUCAGAAGAAGCAAUAUCAGAAAGAAUUUCAUACAACGCCAGCAGAUCGCAAGAAGGCCGAAGAAGGACCCACCAGGCUCUCGAAUGCGGAUGAAUGGGGCUACUACGAUGACCCUGAUGCUGUGGACAAGCUUAUUGAUUGGCUUGACUCGCGGGGUAAUCGAGAGUUGAGAUUACGCAAAGAGCUGUUGCUUCAGCGUGACAACAUUGUCAAGUACAUGAAGUUCCGUACGGAAUACCUUGCGCAGACGGCCGAGAGGGCUGAAUCGGAGGAGAUGCCCACGAAGCGAAUGACGACCAGAAACAAGACCUACGUGGACGACCACAGGCACCGUUGCCUGAGCUGGCAUAACACGACGGCUAUGUCUGAGAACGGACAUCUUCAUGUAGAUGCCUCGCGACCAACCAAGCGAGCCAAGAGGGCCACCGACGACCCCAAAGAGAUCAAGGCGGUUAAUCGCCAGGGCAAACCCUUGACAAGGCAAGGCUCACGUUACCACUUUUAG